CUCUGCUUAUUGGCCGCAGAUCUCUCGUCUCAGCAGCAUUUCCAUUCAUGCGCCAGGCGCUCUUUCAGACACCAUUUUCAAAAAAUAACUCUGUCAUCAUCGUUGGAAAACACCUUCGACUCCGGACGGGACUAAUUAUCUCCAUUUGGAAGAGUGGUGAUUUUCUAGUGCAAAAGAAAAACGUCAAUAAGAGAUCAACCGGAGUAAAGACAGGGCCCAUUGGACACUGAGCACCCUUGGGCCUGUCUGUCAAGUAGACAUGUUUCAAACUGUUCCUGACACCUCGUCUUACGUUAAGGUAAGACAUCAACGUCUCUUGAAUCAGGAGGCGCUAUCAGUGGUGAGUGAAGACCAGUCCUUAUUUGAGCCUCCAUACGCUGCUGCUGCCCCGCUCUCAAAGACAGACAUGACUGCAUCUGGCACACAGGACUAUGGCCAGACCCACAAAAUCAACCCUUUACCCCCACAGCAAGAGUGGAUCAACCAGCCUGUGCGGGUCAAUGUCAAGAGAGAAUACGAGCACAUGAAUGGAUCCAGCAGGGAGUCUCCUGUGGACUGCAGUGUGGGCAAAUGUAACAAGUUAGUCGGGGCUAAUGACACAUCUCAAAUGACGUAUGGAAGCUAUAUGGAUGAGAAGAAUGCCCCUCCUCCCAACAUGACCACCAAUGAGCGAAGAGUCAUUGUACCUGCAGGUAGGCAAAGAGACCCAUCACUGUGGUCUCAAGACCAUGUGCGCCAGUGGCUGGAGUGGGCCAUCAAGGAGUACGGACUGCUAGAAAUUGACACGUCAAUGUUUCAAAACACAGACGGCAAAGAGCUUUGCAAGAUGAGCAAGGAUGACUUCCUCCGACUUACCACCAUGUACAACGCAGAAGUGCUUCUGUCUCAUCUCAAUUACCUCAGGGAAAGUAGCUCAUCGUUAUCCUACAAUACACCAUCUCACACUGACGCAUCACCGCGUUUGGCUGCCAAAGAAGAUCUUUCAUAUGAUGCUGUAAGGCGGACGGGGUGGUCUAACAACAUGCACAGUGGCAAAGGCUCCCCUGUAGUUCCUCAGAAUGUGACCAAAUCCACUGAGCAGCCCAGAGCUCAGCCAGAUCCUUACCAGAUCCUGGGCCCUACCAGUAGUCGUCUCGCCAACCCAGGCUCAGGUCAAAUCCAACUAUGGCAGUUUCUUCUGGAGCUCUUGUCUGACAGUGCCAAUGCAGGGUGCAUCACUUGGGAAGGGACCAAUGGAGAAUUUAAGAUGACAGAUCCAGAUGAGGUAGCGCGGCGAUGGGGUGAGCGUAAGAGCAAGCCCAACAUGAACUACGACAAGCUGAGCCGUGCGCUGCGCUACUACUAUGACAAAAAUAUCAUGACGAAAGUGCAUGGCAAACGCUAUGCCUACAAGUUCGACUUCCAUGGCAUUGCUCAGGCGCUGCAGCCACACCCCACCGAGUCAUCCAUGUAUAAAUACCCGUCGGACCUAGCCUAUGUGCCUUCCUACCAUGCCCACCAGCAAAAGGUCAACUUUGUAUCCCCUCACCCUCCAUCUAUGCCAGUCACCUCCUCCAAUUUCUUCGGACCCACUGCUCAGUAUUGGAGUUCACCCACUGCAGGCAUCUACCCUAACCCAAAUGUUCCUCGCCACCCUAACACUCAUGUGCCAUCCCAUCUCGGUAGUUACUAUUAGGACAACCCACACUGAUCAAUGACCAACUUCUAAAACCUACCUUCUCCCCCCACCAAAGUUGCUGACCUGCACUCUUUGUAAUGCCAAAGACUGAAUCGAUGGAAACAAUCAUCUUAAGAAAUGCUGUUCCUCAAUAAAGACUAGUUUAUUGAAGGUUUUUUCAUGUAAGAAUCUAUAAAAAAAAAACUGGAUACCUUGGUCUAUAAUGGAAUACUACUUAUUAUGACUGUUUGUCAGUUGUUGUUUUUUUUUUUUGUUUUUUUUAUGCACAUCUAAGUUUCUUGGACGUGUCUUUUCCACUCUCUCUGGAUAACUUCACCUCUAAGCCAAUAAGUGUCCCGAAGCCAAAGGAAUGGUCUUGAACCUGAGUGUGUCAGCCUAUUUUUCAUGCUACCUUAGCCGACAUGGGCCUAUCACUUGGGUCUCAAUCUUGUCCUUCUCAGUACAGUUUGUACACUUUGCUUAAAAAAAUCAGCUUUUGCCGCUUAUCUACUACCUUGUGGGGUUUUUCCACUGUUUUUCUUUCUGCCUUUCUGUUUAUUUGCAUGUUUUGGGGGUUUUGUGUGUCUGUGUGUGUGUGUGAAAGAGAGAGAGGGUUUGUGUACAUAUGUUUCUCCAAUAGACAAGUAGGAGAUCUUGCAAGAGGGACUUUUCUCAGCACUGAAUGAAAUUUGGCGACUGGAACAUGCAUUUCACCGUGCCGCCAUGUAAUUUAUCCUCCAAAACUGGAAGGCUUGAGAGGAGUUAGAUGCCGUAGAAUGAAGCGCUGUAUGUUUCUGCUGAACCUGGGUCAACUCAGUUGCUUAAAGAAUGUUUUCCAUGUAUUUUGUGUGAAGCUGAGAGAGAUAAUGGGUAAUGAGCACACCUUAAACAUAGAGUUAAAUCAAUUGUGUUGUGGAAGAUAAGUCAAGAUUUAUUAGGGGUGAUUUGCAAAUAUAGUUCCUGCCCAGUUCAAAUGUAUAUCUCUAUUUUUGUUUUGUUUUGUUUUUUUCUUUAUUUUUUGGAAGGCUACAGUACACACUAAGCUAAGUGUUUGCCUUGUUUCUUUCUCUCAGCCAGGCUAUUUUGCUCGACCAUAUCAGUAUUAAUGUGAAUGUCUUCUGGCUUGUGAAUAACACUCAAAAGAAAAGGCCUUUGCCUUAAUCAAAAUAUGUCAGAUGUGUUUUUUUAAGAAACCUGAUGAUGCAUGUCCACAUAUUGCCAUGAAACAUGAUAGUAAUUUUAGAGUAUGUAGUUCUUUUUCGGGGCUGUGUUAGCCUUCAUUUUAGGGGCUGUUGUUUUUCUGUCCAAAUGGCAUUAAUUCUUCAUCAUGUUUUAAAAAGGUGCUGGAAAACAUAGCAGUAAGUCCUUACAGAGGUAGGGUUAGGCUCCAACUGCUCAUCCAUAUGAUACCAUCAUUAUCAACUACCAUUGCACAACUAAAUUUCCAAAGAAAAAUAAAUGUUUAUGAAAAAAAUCAACCAUUUUUAUUUAAAGUAUUUUCUAACAAUAGAAUCUGCCAAGUUCUUUCUUGUAUCUCUAGGCCAACCAGUAUGGCACAGGUUGGUGCAGAGAAGCGAUGAAUCAUAUAAUUCUCACUAACAGAAACUAUGUUGGAGUGUUUUUUUCUUCCUUUUUUCUUCCAAGGAUUGAUCUUAGCUUGAGAGCUGCAUGUUUGGUCAUAAAUGUCUCACUGAUCUUUAAGCCUAGCAAAAUGCAAACGAAUCUCAAGUCAGAAUUUCAAACAUUGUCAUGUAAAAGUGCGUCAAAAUUACAACCAUAAUCAUUUUUUCAACUGUCAAUUUCAGAAAUUAUGAAAAAGUCACUGAAAAUAGACACUUGAAAAUCUUUUUUUUUUUUUUUUCCGAGAACAAAAACCAAUGAAGUAUGACGAGAUGAAACAAAGAAAUCCUCAGAUUCGCAAACGCUGUGCGUUUGUCAGACCUAUUUUUUAGUAUUUUAUAAACAUCAGUCAACUAGGCAUUAAAGCAACUUACUGUAUAAAUUAUGCAGAGUUAUUUUCAUAUAUGACACAGUAUAAAAAGCCAAGAGAGUUAAUACGAGUUGACCUCGGUCAAAAAUGCAAACUUUUUGAGUCCAUUCCUGCUAGUAGUAUAUUGAGCAUUUUAAGUAUUUUUAUAUCUGUACAUUUGGGCAAUGCAGUUAAACAUUUUUGUUGUUGUUUUCACACAGAUGUUAUUUUCUGAAAUCCAGUUGUAACAUCUUAAGUGCCUGUAAGUGUCAAAAAAAUAUAUCUGUAUAUUAUUUUUUGUAUUCCUAAAACCACAAAUGCCUGCUUAACUCAUAAUCUGAUAGAGAUUAUUCCUGUACUCUGUAUUCAGGCAAUAAUCUGAUGAAGCAAUUCCAUUGCCUUUUUAUACAAGAAAUCCAUGGCUAACUCUGUGUUUGUAAGAUUUUCAGGUGUUUGAUACUCAUUCAUACAGUAUUAAUAUUUACAUCCAUCUUAUUUGCAGAUGUAUAGCUUUAAGAGAACAAAUUAAAAGGGAACAUUUCAACUGUAGCAUAAAGAAAUUAUGGUAAUGUGCCCUCUACCUUCUUGUUUCAUAAGCAUUAUAAGUGAAGAGGGAUACGUGUUACUUCUUCAUAUAUGCAAUUUAUUUUGGAUGUUAAAUCCAUUAUAUGUAUUGUGUGUAUAACUUCACAAUUAAGCAGUCUAUUAUUUUUUAAUAUUAUUGUAAUUCCUGCAAUGUAUGAAGUAAAACCUUUUGAAAAGGGCUUUUGUAUAGGAAAAUGUGACAAAAUAAAUGUUUUUACCU